CUGAGGUUACGUCACUGGGCAGGUCUACGUUCUGAUGAGAGUCUCGUGAUCGUCACCUUCUUAGUCACCAAUAAACAUCAUCGAGCUGAGGAAGAAGUAAACAACAAAUCACACACAUACAGUCAAUUAUGGCUGUCCGGCUAUGAGACGUCAGGAGGAGCCAUGGCGGGUCGGCACCGGAUAACCGCUCUCUCUUCGCUGCUUCUGCUCGGUGUGCUGUUGUUGUUGUCAGCGGCUCACAGCAGCGCGAAACCGCUGGAGAAAUGUCCCGGCGACGGCAAGUCCUGUCAACCACCGAAACCUCCCGUGGUCCUCAUUCCCGGGGAUCUGGGAAACCAGUUGGAGGCAAAGCUGGAUAAGCCCAGCGUGGUCCAUUACAUCUGCUAUAAGAAGACUGACACCUUCUUCACGCUGUGGCUCAACCUGGAGCUGCUGGUCCCUGUAGCCAUAGACUGUUGGAUUGACAACAUCAGGUUGAUCUACAACCGGACCACACACACCACCUCGUCCCCUCCAGGUGUCAACAUCCGUGUCCCUGGUUUCGGACAGACGUCUUCACUGGAGUUUCUGGACCCCAGCAAACGCAGCGUGGGGAUGUAUUUUUUUACUAUUGUACAAUCGCUGGUGGACUGGGGAUACACCAGAGAUGAUGACGUCAGAGGAGCUCCUUAUGAUUGGAGGAAAGCCCCAAAUGAGAACAAAGAGUAUUUCCUGGCGCUGCAGCAGAUGAUUGAGGAGAUGGCAGAGAAAGCCGGGGGACCCGUGGUGCUCAUCGCUCACAGCAUGGGCAACAUGUACACCCUGUACUUCCUCAACCAGCAGCCUCAGGCCUGGAAAGACCGAUACAUCAAAGCUUUCAUCAGUCUGGGGGCGCCGUGGGCCGGCGUGGCCAAGACCCUCCGCGUCAUCAUCUCUGGUGAUAAUAACCGCAUCCCGGUGAUUAGCCCGCUGAAGAUUCGCUCCCAGCAACGCUCUGCCGUCUCCACCUCCUGGCUGCUGCCUUAUGCCAGCUCGUGGACCAAAGAUCAGGUCCUGGUUGAGACGCCGACCACUAACUACACAAUCCAGGACUACAAGCGCCUCUUCUCCGACAUCGGUUAUGAGGACGCCUGGCUGAUGCGUCAGGACACGGAGCCGCUGGUCAAAGACUUCACGCCCCCGGGCGUGGCCGUGCACUGCCUGUACGGCACCGGCGUGGACACGUCCGAGGCCUUCCAGUACUCCAACAAGUUCCCCGACGUGGAGCCCACGGUGGUUGUGGGCGACGGCGACGGGACGGUGAACCUGCAAAGCGCGCUCCAGUGCAAGAGGUGGGUGGGGAAACAGAAGCAGCCCGUGAUGCUGAAAGAGCUCCCGGCCAACGAACACGUGAACAUGUUGUUGAACUUCACGACUGUGACCUACAUCAAGUCCGUGCUGUUUUCGCCCUGAUGCUGCCGAACACUGAGGGUAGAGGGCGGGGGGGGAGCGCGGGGCGGGGGAGUCACUGCCAAAAUAUUCUCCUGCACCUGCUGCUUUGAAAAAGUAUUGACAUUUUGUAGUCGAAUUCCAACAGAAUCAAACUUUUAAAUUUAAGUUUCUUGUUUGUUUUUUUACCAUUUAUGCUAAUGUCAGGUUGUUUACCACUGAGAUUACCAAAACACAAUGACCUUUAUAAUUGGUCUCACAAUUUAAAGGUCAAGUUGAGGAUUUUUGAAGUUUGGUCGUGCUAACAAGUUAGCGGAUGGAAACACAGGAAAACGGAAUAAAAACUGACAAAAACAAACAGAAAUCUACACCUUACACCAGCUUUAUCUUAGCAUUAGUGAGUCUUUUCUGUCCUGAAAAUGAAGUUAAUGUCGCUUUCUGAACCGUUCACUUCCCCUGCACCAAAGCCCAUUCACAAAACCAGCAGUUUUGCUGCUUCAAUCAGGAAGUUCAAAUGUGUUUUUAUGUCAUUUCUGUGUUUGAAAAUCUCCAUUUUGAGUCGUGUAAGUGACACAAACCUUCUAAAUCACGCAGCGGAAGACUGAUUUUCUGUAUGGACUUUGGUGCAGGGAGAGUAAGCGGUUUAAUAAGGGUGGAAAAGACUGUUUAACAGCAAGAUAACGCUGCAAAGAGAUCUUAGAUUUGAUUAGGUGUUUGUGCCAUUGUUGGAGCUGUCCGUUAAAUCCAUUUGACCCAUAACAUUUAUUUUAAAUCAGUGCUGUGAAAGAGAUUUCCUUUUUUUCCCUCUCAUGGUCAGGCACAUUAUUUUAUUCAUGUAUCUCAGUGCUCUAGAUCAUAUUUGCUAGUGCUUGUAAUGUAUUGAGUAAACCUAAGCAGACUUUUUACCUGUCAUGUGAUCUUCUUGUUGCUUUUUAAUCGUCCGUUUUACACAAGUCGUUCACCGACUAACUGAAAAAAGGACUGAAAGAUCUUGCUGGUGAUAUGCAAGUCGAUAUUUAGUCACGCCAAAACCACUCAACAUGUCACUCAAUAGUCCAUUUACUGGCUUUUCAGCAGCGUUAUCUCUCUAUCUCGUGGCCUUGAUCAAUAAACGGUAUGGACUCCAUUUAUUGAAUUUAUUGAACGCUUCAGAAAAAGUGUGCAAAUGGACCAAGAGAUAAGAAAAAGAUGCCAGGUUUGAUGAAGAAAAUCAAAAUUCAACGUCCUUUCAACUGCUCUUCGCCGUCUUCAUCAACAAGUGGAGAUUUAAACAGCUGUUGUGGAGACUGAAGUACCUUUUUAGUUUAACUUUUUUCAAUAAAUUGAACUAAACAGUAUUGAGGCAUUCUUGCAUAUUAAUCAAGACGUAAACAAUGAUUAAAGGCACAGUAUGUAAUAUUUGGCAGCAUUUAUUGGUGAAGCAGCGGAGGUCCGACGUGGCUGCCUCUGUAGAACUGAGCCGACUCCUGGUCAAGAUUAAGAAUCCAUUACUACCUGAAUUCUACACACUGGACCUUUUUGUUUUAAACUGCUAAAGUCUUCCUCUGUGUCCACACAUCACAGAGGAGCAGUUCCAUGUUCAGGGUUUUUUUGUGCACACGUUUUUGCCUAAACGCGCCGGACUCGGCAACGAGGGGACUGUUUGUUUGUUUUUUUAUCCUCGAUAUUAUAUUUGUCUUUGUACCGGAAAUGCUGUUCAGUGAGUCUUAAAAACACGAUUCGCUCAGUCGUCCCCGAAGAAGAGCGAGAUGCUUCACCUCUGCCGUGAUCGAUGAUGAUGAUGAUGUUGUGUGUCAUAAACGUGUUGCCUUCUACAGAGUAAAAUAUGUCAAAUAUUA